UUCAAAAGUUUUUCUUUAGAGUUAAAAAAUAUUGCAAAUAAAAGUGAUUCCUUCUUCUCGUUGCAUUGGUUUAUUUCAAUAAAUAAGGAAGAAUUUCUCGAAGUACUACGAUGGUAGUGGGUGCAUUUCCAGCUGCGAAACUAGGUGUCCUAGCCAUCAAACAAAUAAGCAAACCAAUUGCAAAUGUUAUCAAAAACAGUGCAAAAAAUAGUCCAUUCUUCCGCAAAUAUGUUUGCAUGCCACCGGCUCAAAUGUACAACUGGAUGGAGGUUAAGUACAAGAUGUGGGUCAUGAACUUGGGUAAACCCGCGAAUAUUCCUCAACUAACCGAACCAAUGGCUAUCGAACUGGGUGCCAAUCUAUUAGGUGAAUUUAUUAUUUUCACAAUAGGUGCCGGUGUACUUAUUGUAGAAUAUGUUAGAUCAGCUAAUAAAGAAGCCAAAAAAGAAGCAGCUGCCAAGCAGGAACAACUAGAACUUGCUUUAACCAUUUCUGAGCUUGGUUUUCGAAUUGAAAAACAAGACGCACAAAUUAGAGAAAUGACUAGAAUACUUGCCGAUUUAGAUUCCCGUUCGUUCUUUAAAUUUGGCAUAAAAGAUCAUAAAAGGGAAAUCGAAGCAUUACCACUAAAUCUAGUGUCAAAUGAUAAUUCACAAGUUUUCCUUGGUAAUUACAAUCCUUCAUGUGGUUUUGUGUUUGAAGCUUUGAAUUACAUUGAAACUGAAAUUUUUAAUAAUAGCACGUGAUUUGGAAGCCAGAGCCACAGCGGCUUAAAGUAACAAAAGAUGUCAUAUUGAUUUAAAAUUAUAGUCAAAUAAUUUUUAGUUUAAAUAAAAAAGAAAUACCUAUGUA